CACCGGCAAGUACCACUGGAGAAGAAGAGCAGCCUUUAGCAUAGACACAACAGCGACAACAUCACUAAUAAUACAUCAUUUUCAUCUCACCCCGGUAAAUGACUGAAGAUUCAACAUGGUCUGCGGAGGAUUUACGUGCUCGAAAAACGCCCUCUGUUCGCUAAAUGUAGUUUACAUGCUGGUGGGCCUCCUGCUGAUUGUCGUAGCAGCAUGGGGAAAAGGCUUUGGGAUUGUCUCCAGCAUCCACAUCAUCGGAGGUGUGAUUGCUGUGGGCUUCUUUCUGCUGCUCAUCGCCAUUGUGGGGCUCAUUGGAGCUGUCCACCAUCACCAAGUUAUGCUGUUCUUUUACAUGGUCAUUCUGUUCAUCGUGUUCCUCUUCCAGUUUGGAGUGUCCUGCUCGUGCCUGGCCAUGAAUCAGGGUCAGCAGGAGAAACUACUGUCCUCAUCCUGGGGAUUAAUGAGUAAUGACACCAGAGGCAAUCUGGAGAACAAGCUGGACUGCUGUGGCCUGUUCAACAAUACUCAAAACCUGGCAGAGUUUGGUGCUGACCUCAUUCUCUGUCAUGCGCCAUGUUUACAAAAGAAAGCCUGUAUUACCUGCGGUCAAAAGAUGCUCCAGCAUGCCUCAGAAGCUCUGAAGAUCCUAGGAGGAGUUGGCCUCUUUUUCAGCUUUACAGAGAUCUUAGGGGUUUGGCUGGCCAUGCGCUACAGGAACCAAAAGGACCCCAGAGCAAACCCCAGUGCUUUCUUAUAGUCUCUCCGACCCUCUGUCAUAAACUACGUGUAGUCCAACUAUCCCAGAUCCCUUUUGCACAGGUAGAGUGGAGCACACCAAGAGACAUUCAGGCAUUAAACAGAACACAAGCACUGAUUCUCAACCGAUUCAACAAAUUCACAUUGCACACUGGGUUCAGAACUGAAUUAUUUAUGCCGACACGCAGCACAUACAAACACGUCCAUUUUAAUGCUAGAUCUGACCCAUUUUCCAAACAAGGUCUGCAGAGGGCUAAUUUAAACCAGCAGAAGAUGGAGGAAACAUCAUGUAUGAUAGGAUGAUUACUUUGGCACUCCCCCAUCCUUGAUUUGAGAGACUCUUCCAGUUCUGUGUAUGCAAAUUUAAAAACCUGCAAUGUAAAAGUCAUCGAUGUAUGCAUGUUCAUAACCUCUGUGACAUGAUCGUUGUAAUAGAAAGUGAUUUCACCACACAAACUAUAUAGGUGUUUAGUAUCAGUAAAGCAGUAGUUCACAAAGUUGGUUGGCAUCCAUGGUUGUUAAUGAAGUAAUUUUGUCAUGUAAUUCGUCUCCCAGGAACAGCACGUGUGCCUAGAAUGAGAGCCAACCUGAUAAAAACAUGUUUUGUGCAAUGCUUAUGAAAUCUGUCUCGAUGAGGUGACCAGUCUAAAUAUUGGGAUUUUAGUUAAGGAAUUAGACUUAGAACGCGAAUAUCGAAGAACUUGUGUAACUGAGCCAUGCAAAUGGGAGGAAUUCCUCUGCCGACGGACUGCAGCCCACUUGUUGUACAUAGUCUUUACCAUGACAGGGUCAAUGUUCACACAUUUACCGCUUCUUUUCCAGCCGUAUGUAUACAACAGAGAUCUUACUGUGUCAGCUGGGUCUUAAGACUUUCACUGGACUUUUUAAAGGGAUAGUUCACUCAAAAAUGAUUUUAAAUUGUGUCAUCAUUUACUCACCCUCAUGUUAUUCCAGACCCGUAUGGCUUUCUUUCUUCAGUGGAAAACCAAAAAGGAGAUGUUAGACCGAAUGUUAGCCUCAAUCACCAUUCACUUUCAUUAUGAGUAAAUGAUGAUAGAAUUUUCUUGUAAUGGGUAAACUAUUCCUUUUGGUUUUUGAUUUCUUUUGAUGCUUAGUAUUACUCAUUGAUAUAGUGUUUUAAUAUCUUAUGCAUUGUUUUGUGAGCUUUUGUGUUGAAAUGAUCUCAGCGUGCCAUUUAUUUCAGUGCUGUAAGCAAGAUUUACUCAGUUAUCUAAUGGCUUUAAGCUAAAAUGCUCAUGCACUAACUUAUAAUUUGCAAACAUUAAUUGCUUGUGCUUUUUUGAAGCAAGUUUUGAAAAUACUAACAGCAUCAGUUCUCUUAAACUCUUAACCAUUUCAGCUAAAUGAAUAUUUUUGCAAUUGUUGUGCGUUUUCCCAAAUCUCUUCUUUUUUGUCCCGCUUAUUAUUUCUCAUUUCAUGCUGAAUAGUGUUAAGUUGCAUUCAAGUGAGCAUUUUUAUUUAAUUUUUCAAUGUUGAAGUGUGUUAGUAUGGUAGGUAGAACAUUUCUAAUAUCUUAUGUUUAUGUACGUAUGUUGAUACCAUAUGUUUUCUCUCCUCACUCUUCCCAAUAUGUUCUUUUGUUAAUUUGCUUACUCCUAUUAAAAGAUCACAGUCUUAACUGCUUUAGUUUCCGCUCCAUAGAAUAAAGAAAAAGGGGACACUCAUGCAUCACUGAGUACAGCGCAAAUGUGUUCAGAUUCACUUGGUCAUGUGUUAUGAGUGUAUUUCACUGAUGGAUUUUGAAGAAAUGAAAUCGAUGUCUGUGUUAUAGUAGUUAUUUAUUGCUGUUGAAAGAAGGCCGCAGUACCUAACAUGGUGAGCAGUAAGCGCCAUUUUUCCUGGAUUUGCUUUGUAUUUUUGAAACAGACUUUUCCAAUUAAAAUUCUUUCUUGGAUCGAUA